AUCAGAUCUCUCCCUCAGCCCUCAGUCAGGGUCAUCUCCAGUUACCUCAUUUCUCAGAGAGUGCCUCACCUCCUGGAGUGCUCACAUGUGUCUUUGAGUGAAUUUUGCAUGUACCCUUGCAGUUGCAAAACUCCAGCAACAGAAUGGGGGAGGAAUUAAUGUUACCUGCUAGCCCCACAGAGAGGGAGGAGCUCAAUUCUUCAAACAUCAGCAGUUACAAGGAAGGUGUGUACUUAGAGCACUUCUCAAUGUGGAAGUUCAAACACACAACGCUGAAGACCUGUCCUGAGGGUGCUCUAGAAAGUCUCCUAAGGCUCAUUUCAUGGGGGAAAGUCCUGACAAGAACCAUUAUGCACGGCUUAACCAGGGAGAAGAGAAUGAAAUGGAGAUAUUUGGCUACAAAACCCAAGGCUGGCGGAGGGUCUUGUGCAUUGCUGGAUACAUUUUGUCCUGUGGAGCUUUGCUGCUGCUGUUUUACUGGAAGCCCGAGUGGGAUGUGUGGGCAAACUGCAUCCGCUGCAGCUUGGAAGAAGCAGACAUUGUUCUGCUCCGAACAACAGAUGAAUUUCAGGUUUAUUCUUCUAAAAGAGUGAGAUGGAUCUCUGUGUCUGCACUCAUCAAAAGUAAAUUGGAUGAUCCAGCCACUGCUGAGGAAGACUCUAUCUUCAGCAGAGCCAUAACAAAGCCAAGUUUGCAAGUGAAAAGUAUCAAGGUACAAAAAAUCCGCUAUAUCUGGGAUAUUUGUGCAAAACAGUUCCAGAAAAUCGGAGCCCUAGAAGAUGAUUAUACUUGCUCAGCUAUACAUGCCAAAUUUGGUUCUGGUCUCACCUGUUAUGAACAGAAUGUCAGGAGACUUGUAUGUGGGCCAAACAGUAUUGAUGUUCCUGUGAUCCCUCUUUGGAAACUACUCAUCAAAGAGGUCUUAAAUCCAUUUUACGUGUUUCAGCUGUUCAGUGUGUGUUUGUGGUUUGCUGACGAUUACAUGGAGUAUGCCAUUGCCAUCAUAAUCAUGUCUCUCCUCUCAAUUUUUUUGACUGUAUAUGAACUGAGACAGCAAUCGGUUAAACUGCACAGAAUGGUUGAGUCUCAUAACAACAUCAUGGUCACUGUCUACAGAAAUAAAGAAGGUUUCCAAGAAGUGGAAUCAGACUAUCUUGUUCCCGGAGAUAUGUUGGUUCUGAAAGAGGGAAAAACCCUGCUGCCUUGUGAUGCCAUCCUGAUCAGUGGGCAGUGCAUUGUGAAUGAAAGCAUGCUAACAGGGGAAAGUAUUCCAGUUACAAAGAUCCACUUACCCAAAGCUGAUAACGUGAAGCCAUGGAGAAUGCACUUAGCAGAGGAUUACAAAAAGCACGUCCUCUUUUGUGGAACAGAGGUCAUACAGACCAAGGCAGAUGACACAGGAAUAGUGAAAGCUGUGGUGCUGCGGACUGGUUUCAAUACAGCCAAAGGGGAUCUGGUGAGGUCCAUUCUCUAUCCUAAACCAAUGAACUUCAAGCUUUACAGAGAUGCCCUCCGAUUCCUGAUGUGCAUUGCAGCAUUUGCAGGCAUUGGAAUGAUCUACACAGUGUGUGUAUUUGCACUUAGUGGGGAGGAAGCGGGAGAAGUGGUGAAGAAGACCUUGGAUGUUGUCACUAUUGCUGUACCCCCAGCUCUGCCAGCUGCCUUGACAACAGGGAUCAUUUAUACUCAGCGAAGGCUGAAGAAAAAAGGCAUCUUCUGCAUCAGUCCACAAAGGAUAAACAUGUCUGGACAGCUGAACCUCAUCUGCUUUGACAAGACUGGCACCCUAACAGAAGACGGCCUGGAUCUUUGGGGCUUGCUGCCCUCUGAAAGAAACUGCUUCCAGGACAUUUACAGAUUCCCUGCAGAACACAGCCUGCCUUGGGGACCAGUGUUCAAAGCAAUGCUGGUUUGUCAUUCACUGAUUGUUUUGGAGGGCAAGAUCCAAGGAGACCCACUGGAUGUUAAAUGUUUGGAGGCCACUAACUGGGUGAUAGAUGAUUUCAGACAUCAUACUGAAGGACAAGAAUCCCAAUGUACCACUGUUGUUAGACCUGGACCUAAAGCCAGCAAUGCCCCAGUGGAAGGAGUUACCAUUUUACAUCAGUUUCCAUUUUCUUCAGCCUUGCAGAGAAUGUCUGUCGUUGCUCAAGAAAUUGGCGGGGAACAACAGGUCUUCACAAAAGGGGCUCCAGAAAUGGUGGCCAUGUUAUGUAGAGCAGAAACAGUCCCGUCGAACUUUGAAAGCAGACUUCUGCUCUACACAGCACAGGGCUUCAGGGUCAUUGGACUGGCAGGUAAAUCUCUGCAGUCAGGGAAGCAAUCUACUGAUCUAACAAGGGAGGAGGUAGAAUCUGAUCUGACAUUCCUGGGUCUGCUGAUAAUGGAGAAUCGAUUAAAAAGGGAAACAAAGCCUGUCCUGGAAGAGCUCAGUGCUGCCUGCAUCAGGAGUGUUAUGGUCACAGGUGACAACAUUCAGACAGCUAUAACUGUUGCCAAAAAUGCUGGGAUGAUUUCUCCAAUGAGCAGAGUAAUUCUUGUGGAAGCAAAAAAAUUACCUGAGUCAUCAGCAUCUAUAACCUGGAACCACUUGAGGAAACAAACAGAAGAAUAUGGAAGCCUGGAGCAUGACAGUCAGACUGGAGGAAGAAUCAGUCUGGCAUUGGGAUCAAGCCAGUAUCAUUUUGCCAUGAGUGGAAAAUCUUAUCAAAUUGUAGCACAGCAUUUCAGGCACUUCCUUCCAAAGCUCCUGCUGAAUGGGAACUUUUUUGCUAGAAUGUCUCCUGGUUCAGAAAUCCAGCCUUGUAAGAAAGAGUUUCAAAAGCUGGAUUACUUUGUGGGCAUGUGUGGAGAUGGAGCCAAUGACUGUGGGGCUUUGAAAGUGGCGCACGCAGGGAUAUCACUGUCGGAGCAGGAGGCAUCUGUGGCUUCACCUUUCACAUCCAGAACUUCCAGCAUAGCAUGUGUGCCAGAGCUAAUCAGGGAAGGCCGUGCUGCCCUUGUCACUUCCUUCUGUAUGUUUAAAUACAUGGCACUCUACAGCACCAUUCAGUACCUUGGUGUUCUCCUACUGUACUGGCAACUAAACUCCUUUGGAAAUUACCAAUUUUUGUUCCAAGAUCUGGCUAUUACCACUGUAGUUGGUGUGACAAUGAGUUUCACAGGUGCCUAUCCAAAGCUGGUUCCCUACAGGCCUCCUAGCCAACUCAUCUCUCCCCCAUUGCUGCUCUCUGUUGUACUUAACAUCCUCUUCAGCCUCAGCAUGCAGAUUUUUGGGUUUGUGAUGGUCCAGGAGCAGCCUUGGUAUUCCAAGACAAAUAUAUACAGUGCCUGCCUCUCAGUGAACAACCACACUGAGAAUUCUUCCUCUAUUUUCAUCUCGGGGCUCCAUAACAUGAGAGAUGGAGACUAUGGGCAAGAGGACAAUGGUUUCAAGAGCUAUGAAAACACUACAGUGUGGCUGCUAAGUACCAUCAACUGCCUCAUCGUAGCGCUAGUGUUUUCCAAGGGAAAGCCUUUCAGGCAAGCCAUCUACACAAACUAUGUGUUCAUACUGGUGCUCAUAGUGCAGCUGGGCGUUUGCCUCUUCUUGGUGUUUGCUGAUAUUGAUUAUCUCUACUCUAAGAUGGAUCUUGUUUGCACCCCUACCUCAUGGCGUAUCUCUAUGGUGAUAAUGCUUGCAGUCACACUUGCUGUGUCCAUCCUUGUUGAGGAAGCGGUCAUUGAGAACAGAUCCUUAUGGUUGCUGCUGAAAAGGACCUUUGGGUACCACUCAAAGAGCCACUACAAGAGACUGCAGCGAGUGUUAGAGCAGGACAUGGCAUGGCCACCUCUGAAUGAAACCUUCUUCUCAGAUUCUGUAACAAUAUCAGUAGAGGGAAAUAUGGGAGGCCAAAGCAAUCCAGCAUUUGACAGCAAUGAGGAUGCACUCUGAAGGAAACUGCAGGGGACAUAUGUCCAGGACAGGUACAGUUGGCUGUAGAAGGACCAUUUCAGAGACAUAAGAGAAAAGGAUGGACUGACCUGUCACUACCCCUCUCCUCCUCCCCCUCCAAGACAUACCAGCUUUGGUUUAAUUUUAAAUUAACUGGAAGCAGAAAGGCUGGCUGCAAUAAUAGCAUAAAGCCUCAGCAGUUUUUCCCCUAUCCCCUUGCCCAUGUAUGAAUGGCUGCCAGCUGCAAAUGGAACAGCUUGCUGAAUACUGGUUAAGGAAUAAUGGCUGAAAUGCCCCUUUGCUGCAUCCGUUCCAUAAUAUACAUUAUGUAGGCCAUAAAAAUAGGGGCUUAUCCAGAGGAGAAGUAGUUAAUUUGAACACCAGCACUCCUCUGAGGACAUCACCUUUGAGAAAACAAGUAGAAAUGAGCCAUCUAGAAGCAUGCACUCUUAGCACCAUUGUGCCCCUCCCAUAAUGGGAGCAAUGAAGAGCUCUAUUUCUAGUUCACUGCUAACAGGCAACCUGUUUUCCUUUUUCUCUGUUUAAAACUUGUGGCAGUUGCAUUUUCUGAGUGAAAAACCUUUUGACCUAAAGACAGAAUGAUUUCAUUGUUUAACAGUGCUUCUUUGAAGGAGGUAUUUGUUUGAAGAAUCCAUUUUAAAAAAGUAGAAUGAAACACAUGGUAAUUGUAAAUUAAAGUCUCAUUCUGUGGGUCUACAAGGACAUGCUGUUCCUUGUGGUGUGAGCUUGCUCUACUAGAGCAGAUGCUGCACGUCUGGUCUGCUGCCUGGCAUCAUCUCAUGGUGUACCAGUGCCAAAAGAAGCAGACAUUGAAGCCAUUACUACCUUCAAGGGCCUAAGACCUGAAUUAAAAGACAGGGGGACAGGUAGUCCUCAGAAUAACUUUAUUAAAAUCUGCAGUGUGCUUUAAUGUUGAACUAUCUGAGGUUGUUUGCUCUGGUUUCCUACCAUAAUUGCACAUGCUACACAUCAGCUCAUAUCCCUUACCUGUAAACCUUUGAUGGUAACCUUUAUUCACUUUGCUGUUCUGCUUCUUCUAUACAUAAAUGCAACAGCACCAGGCAUUUAUGCAUGUUUUACCUACUCAAAAAAAUCAUCUUGUACCAGGACAUAGUCUUUUAGCCCUUUCGUGUUAGGCUGACUUCGUGCUCACUGUAUUUUGUAAUCUCUGUCACCAGCUGCGUAUAACAACAAGGUGCCUCUCAGGAAGGUUUGGGACCAAGAGGAACACAUCUUUAUUUGGAUGAUGUGUGCAGGGGAGUUGACCCCUCUGAACUGACUGUACAAUUUGUUUUUCAAGCUCAAACUUUCCCAUUAUUUUCCUGGGUGGAGCUGAGGAGCCAUUUGGAAGCACUUAAAUACUAGGAACUAUUUGUUUUCCCUUCUCGAUGCUAAAGCAGUCUUGCAUUGUCACAGAAAACCAGAGAAUCGGAAGUCUAGGAAUCAUAGUAAAGAUUUCAUUCAUCUUUUAGAGCAAAAAGGAGCUUUGGAAAACCAAGAGCAAAUCAGAAGAGAUUAUGUAUUGUUUUGAUUUACAU